CGCCCCGCGCUCGCCAGAGGAGGCGCUGUCUCCAUCCGGGCGGCGGGCUGCAGCGCGGAAUCGCCCAGACCGCGCGCUCCGGGCGGCGGCUCCAGGUCCACAGCCCGGUCUUGAGAUGAUGGGACUGGGAAAUGGGCGUCGGAGCCUGAAGUCUCCACCCCUGCUGCUGGCGGCCCUGGUGGCCUGCAUCAUUGUUUUAGGCUUCAACUACUGGACUGCCAGCUCAAGGAGUGUGGAUCUCCAGACACAAAUCCUCGAGCUGGAAAGCAGAGUCCGCAGGGCGGCUGCUGAGAGAGGCGCUGUGGAGCUGAAAAAGAACGAGUUCCAGGGAGAGCUGGAGAAGCAGCGAGAACAGCUGGACAAGAUCCAGUCCAGCCACAGCUUCCAGCUGGAGAGCGUCAACAAGCUGUACCAGGAUGAGAAGGCUGCUUUAGUGAACAACAUCACCACAAGCGAGAGGAUCAUCAGAGACCUGCAAGACCAGCUGAAGGCCCUGCAGAGGAGUUACGGCAGGCUGCAGCAGGACGUGUUCCAGUUCCAGAGAAACCAGACCAACCUAGAGAGGAAGUUCUCCUAUGACCUGAACCAGUGUAUCAACCAGAUGAAAGAGGUGAAAGAGCAGUGUGAAGAGCGAAUAGAGGAGGUCACCAGAAAGGGAAAUGAAGCUGCAGCUUCCAGAAGCCUGAGUGAAAGAAACAGCCAACAUCAGCAGGCUCCCAAUGAGUCCCAGCCCGGACUGCGGGGACCAGGCUUGCCACUGGCAAUAGUGCCACAAGCAAAAGGAAGUUUGUUCAGCAAGGGCAGAUCCCGGAUAGCAGCCCCUCCUUCUGAGGUGGUUUUGGAUUUGAAAGGACAAAGUAAAAAAGAGCAAACCAAUGAGAUACAGGGUGUGAGUGAGGAGGAGCCUGAGAGAGACAGUGGUGGACCUCCGAGGGAACCAGGCCAAGGGCAGGCUGAAGAAGACUCGCCCAUGCAUGGCAGAGGCCUUGGAGGAGCUGGAGAAAUCGGCCACACCAUACAGGUGCCAGCUGCCCUGUUGGCGAGGCCCGAAAACCAAGAGCCAGAAGAACCUGAGCGGGACCAGCUUGUUAUCCGUGAAGGGCCGGAGGAACAGGCUGCUGCCAAGGGAGGAGGAAACCAGCAGAAGCUGGGAGAUGAUGACGACUACAACAUGGAUGAAAAUGAGGCGGAAUCUGAGACAGACAAGCAGGCAGCCCUUGCUGGGAGUGACAGAAACUUAAAUGGUAAGUUUUUAAUGCUGAGAAGAGAGACAUCAUAAAUUUACUUGAUCAGCGUGAAAAGCGGAAUCAUACACUCUGAAUCAAACUGGUAUCACAUACGUGUCAGGACUGAACAGAUCACUACAAAUUAUUCAUGAGUGACUAAGUACACAAAGCUGUGAAAUGUACUGAGUAAAGUGUACAUCUAAAGAUGAUUGUGUGAGUUUAGUAUGUACUUUAUGUACGAAAACUGGGACCGUCUCAACAAACUGGGACGGUUUUUCGGGAGUACUUUUGUCUAUAACAGGAUGUCAGAAUUUGUCAAACCUUACGGCCAAUAAGUGUUUCAUGAGGUCCCAAAUAGAGAACAGGCUCUCCUUCCAAUAUGGUGACAGUGGCGCUUCUUUAUAAAAAGCAGCCUGUAGAAGCCCAGCUGACAGGCAGGAGAUAGGCUGUGCAGAGACCUUGGUCUGGCUGGUUCCCACUCAAGUCUUCUCCACAGGCUGUGCUGGCUGCUGGUGCCAGCCUGUCUGUCACUCCCACUCCUAUGCACUCCUCCCGACCCACCCACCAUGGCCCAGAGCACUGACUGUUAACACAGACAUCACUAGCAACAGGUUUAACAAGCCUGGAUACAGAGCUGGUUGGUGAGAGUUAAAAAGACUACUUGUAUAAUGACCCUUGUCACUCUUAAUGUAUGAGACACUACUGAUUUAUAAUUUGAACGUUUGUGGUCUGUCCUUACUUUGCUUACUUUCCCUAUGUGUGGGCAAAGCGAAAUCUUAAGUACGUGUUACCAAGAAGAGCAACGACCGAAAUAGACUUCUGACAACAGGGGCCAAAACAGAGCUGGCACCCUCUGUGGCAUGCCCACGAAAGAGCCCAGACACUGAGGACUGAUCUGCACCCCGUUUAUCAUCAGAGUAAAAGAAAAAAGUUGCUUGAUGCUAGGGUUACAAAAUGGGAAUGUCUAGAAAGGCAAAAGAAAUGCUAUGUUGUCUUUGUGUUUACAGUUAGCUCUGGUAAAUAACUCAUAAAACUGAUUUAAAAAUCAAAGGUUAAUAUUAAUUUUGAAAAUGUUUCAUCAUAAUUCAGUGAUAAUGAAAAUGAGGUCUGACUUUAGGCUCUUCCCACUUGUGAGUCACACUAAUGGCUUCAGUGAAGUGCUACAGGACAAGAGGGCAAGCAGCAGAAUAUGAGAUGCAGGGCCUCAGGGAACAUUUAGGUAAUCUCCUCACUUCCAAAGGAGAGUGGGCCCAGAGGUUCCAGAGCAUCUAGCUGCAGGGCUGGCCUCCCUGAGGGGUGCACUGACUGUGGCCUGGGGUCCACAAAGGCAGGCCCGUGUGUAUUCAUUCAUGUGACAGUCUCCAAUGUGAGUGUUCACGUGUGUCAUUUUAUCCAGUCUAAGAUUCAGCUUGUCCACCCCAAAAAGGCAACUGAAGAAAGUAUGGAAGUGUCUUUAUAAAUACAUUUUUGUCUAAGUUCUUCUCCACCCUCCUUCUGUGGCCCAGUCUUAGGGCUGACAUGAAUUCCCUUGCUUUCUCAGUUAAAGUAUUCACCUCAUGUUUAAUGUGUGUAAAGUUGCUGAGAAAUAAAGUAUUCCAUUGGUUCAACUUUUAAAACUU